UUUGAUAUGUUGUUGUCUGGUUUGUUUGUUUGCACUUACUGCAGUUUACAUUUUAAGGUUGAUGUCAGUACUAAAUCGAGUUUUCGUUCGGACUUAUUUACCGUGCCCUUAGACUGAAUUAUCAUUACCCGGAAAUGGCCGCCAUAAUUCGGUUUUUUAGUAAAAGAUUCAGACGAAAUACGUCUGCUCCCACACCAAGUCAUGUUGAAGUGCCUAUAUCUGUCAACAAAAGCAAGAAAAUUAAAAAAUCAGACAUCGAAUGCAAAGUAGCUUAUCUUGAUGGCACUGAACAAACCUUCUAUGUUUCAAAAAGUGCUGAAGGAUCUGAAUUGUAUGACAUAGCGUUUGCAUAUGUUGCACUUGUAGAAGAAAAAGACUACUUUGGUUUGCAAUUUUUUAACGACGUUCCGAUGUGGCUGGACCCAACAAAGAAAAUCAAGAAACAGUAUAAAAACAGAACAUCAAUUUCGUUUUCGCUAAAAGUCAAAUUCUUUGCAUCUGAUCCACAUAACUUACAUGAUGAGUAUACACGUUAUCUUGUUGUGUUGCAACUACGUGAAGAUAUACACAAAGGAAAAUUAGUGUGUAAUGAUUUACAACUUGCAGCCGAACUGGCGGCAUUGCUUCUUCAAGGUGAAUUUGGUGAUUAUGAUAAGAAACAACAUACACCAGUUUUCGUUUCAACAUUUCGAUUUUUACCUGAAGAAAAGCAAACAGAAGAGUUUGAACUUUCAGUAUUGGAUAAGUAUAGAGCUUUAGCUGGUCGAAAUUUAACACCAGCCGCUAGUGAGUCAAUUUAUUUAGAAAAAGUCUGCUUAUUACCAAAUUAUGGAGUUGAAAUGCAUACAGUAAAGGGUAAAGAUAAUCAAUUAUACUCGCUUGGACUCACUCCAACCGGUAUUCUAGUAUAUGAAGGACAGAAUAAAAUUGGCUUAUUCUCUUGGCCAAAUAUUUUAAAGUUAGAAAUGAAAAAGAACAAACUCAAAAUUUUAGUUGUGGAUAAAGAUGAGCAAAAUCAUAAAAUCACAGAACAUGCAUUUUGUUUUGUUUUACCGGAUAAUAAAACGUGUAAAAUUUUGUGGAAAAGUGCCGUAGAACAUCAUGCCUUCUUUCGUCUUACUGAUCGUGUCCCAAUGGAACCAAAACAGAAACAAUUAUUUCGAUUAAGGUCACGUUUUCAUCCAUCAUUUCAUACGGAAUAUCAAUUGCAUAAUUUAAAUAUGUUUGGAAGUAGCAGUUUUCGUAAACGUAAAAAGGCCAAUACCAAUGUUGUCAGUAGUGCUACAUCGUCACCAAACACACCAAAACCAUCUUCUCUAGUACCAGAUAAAUCGGGUGGACAACAGAUUUGUGGUAGUAGUGGUACUUCGUCAAGUUUUCGUCGUGUACCAAGUAAACGUUUUACUUCAAGACCAAGUUUUGCUAAGCGUGAGGCCAUUGAAGAUAAACGUGAUAAACGUGAAAGACUGCUCCAAUCUCAAGAACAAACAAGAAAAGACUUUUUCAGCGAAAUGAAUAAAACAAAUAAUAGUCAUGAUUUGUCUCAUUUAAAUAAAUCUACUCAUCAUAAUAUGACAACGCAGGCUUCGAAUGUAGUUGUACAUCGUGAACGUGAAAAUCCACUGACAUCUAAAUUACCGCCUGCAAAACCUUCAACAAUGCCUAAACCAAAUACAAUUACGAAUUCUGGUCAAUAUGGAUCGUUGAAUGCACCGAGUAAACCGCCAAGAAAGCUUGAAAUGAAAAAUGAUAUUUCCUAUAAAAAUAAUAGUACAACAAACAGUAGUAAAUUUGGAAUUUCAACUGGAUCGAAACAAUGGUAAGUUCUAUGUUCAGUUGUUUGGAUUUUUAAUAACAUCAUAUAAUUAAUUAUUCAUCAGUCGUUACCUGAAUAGAUCAGUGGUGAUAUCACCAACUGUGAAGCUGAGUAACGUGGAUGUGAAUCCACUAAGGGUUAUUAAUUCUACGAGAAUUGUAGACACACCUCUCUCUGAAGAUUGCUAACUAGCAUUGAACCUAAUUCCAGGGUUUCCUAUCGACUAACUUGAACUACCUAACACAUAUAUAUACACUCACUGAUUCCCAAACUGAUCUCAACCUAGAAGGGACUUUAAAAUGUCAAGGCUACCAGAAUACCUCUGAUCAAUAACUUGAAAUCCUAGAAUAAAUUAUUCCAGCUAAUUUAAAUACAUUACAUAGAUUAUUGUUAUAGUAAUCAUUCGUACAAAUAACUAGUUAUCCCAUAAAUAUGUAUACACGCUAUAAAGAAGUAACUUAAGCUAAUUAAUGUAGUGUACUUGAUUUUGAAAUUGUACAAGUUAAUAAGUUAAGAGUAAACUUAUGAAGAUUUUAAUUAAAUAUUCACAGAUACCUAUUGUGUACAAUGGGAUAAAACACUUUCUAUCUUAUAUGGGAUUUUGACAACCUGAAAAACCUAGGUUUCAUCCCUAGUAAAGUCAUCGAUGUGCACUGCUCAAGAGUUUGAAACAAUUCUACAGUGCUUUAUAUUUUUCAGAAGUUAUGCAGUCAAAAUUCACCCAUGACGUAAACCAUUGUAUACUGAAAUUUAUUAUUCUGUUUAAACGAUCCAUUAAAUAUGGUAAGCAGAGAUGGAUAGUGG